AUGGCGCGUCGCGCUCGCGCCGCCGCGCCCGCGGAGCGCGACGCGUCGCGCCCCGGCGUGCGUUCCCGCGGCGCUGGCGCAGCGGUGCGCGGUGGCGCGGCGGCGCGCGCGCGUCGUCGAGUGCGGCGGAGGGAGGCGACGUCCGCGACGACCGCCCCCGCCGCCGCCGCCUCCGCGAUCGAGCGCAACGCCGUGACCGACGACGCCGCGGACAUCACCGCGGCGGCGUCGUUCGCCUACGCGUCGUCGCCGUCCACGCCGCUCACCGCGCUCGGGUCGAACGUCGUGCCGGGCGCGGUGCACUUCGCGACCUACUGCGACGAGUCGAACGUCGCGUUCCACGAGGGGAGCCCCGGGGUGGUGUUUCCCGUGGGGGACGUGAGCGGAGGCGUGCGCGGCGAGGGCGCGGACGUCGACGGCGGGUUCGUCCGCUUCCGAGCGGGCGAAGACGUCUUAGCGUGCGCCACCGCCGGAACAGAGCUCUCAUCAGACGCGACGAACGGCGCCGCGUCUUCUCGCGACGUCUUCCUCUUCGCGACGUGGACCGCGCCGGCGACGAUCGUCAAGGCGCGUUCACACUGGUCCCCAUACGACCGCGUCGGCGAUGUGAACGCCGAUUCUUGA